AUGGGUAACGGAGUAGGGAAGCUGAGCUUGUGCUUCACCGGAGCUGUAAACGCCGAUGAAGCUCGGCGGCGGAGGAAGGACAUGGCGAUGAUGAUAUCUGAUCCGUUAGAUGAUCUGGGUCACUCUUUUUGCUACGUACGACCCGAAUUGACGAGGCUGUCUUCGUCUAAGGUGCAUACGGAAUACGAGGAAGCAUCUACGACGACUUUCAGGUCAAUCUCCGGAGCUUCCGUUAGUGCCAACACAUCCACGCCGCUCUCUACGGCGUUUGUCGACCACUAUUCGUAUAACAGUAUUGACCGUGCCUCCGCCUUUGAGAGUUCCACCUCCUUUGCUUCAAUCCCGCUGCAAAUCAUCCCGAGAAGUUCCGGCACCCACUCCGGCCCGUUGUUCAAUAAUUCGGGCUUGAUUCCGAACUCGGGCCCUAUGGAGCGUGGCUUCAUGUCUGGCCCAAUUGAGAGGGGAUUCUUAUCGGGCCCCCUCGAUCGCGGGAUCCUCUCGGGACCUCUCGAAAGAGGCAGCUCCGAUCAGUUCCAGAGAAGCUAUUCCCAUGGGGGUUUUGCGUUUCGGCCCAGAUCGAGAAAAGGAUCGUUGAUUCGGGCCCUGAGAAGAGCUUUAUCAAAGAGCAUCACCAGAGGUCAGAACUCCAUUGUUGCUCCGAUCAAAGGAAUGGUUUCAAUGAAGGAAAAUGAUUGGAUGGUGAGUUCUGAGAAGCAGAACGAGUUAACAAUCAGUAGUAGUGUGAAUUUCAGCAGUGAGUGUAGCUUGGAUGAUGAUGAUUCAUUGGAAAAUCAGAAUCUUCAGUGGGCUCAAGGAAAAGCAGGGGAGGACCGAGUUCAUGUUGUCAUCUCUGAGGAACAUGAAUGGGUUUUUGUAGGGAUUUAUGAUGGAUUUAAUGGCCCUGAUGCACCUGAUUAUUUGUUAUCCAAUUUGUAUUCAGCUGUUCAUAAAGAGCUCAAAGGUUUGUUAUGGGAUGACAAUAAUAAGACUGACAAGUCAUUGGUUUGUAAUUCCUUUGCUGUGACUGAGAAUGGAAACUUGGAAGCAGACGAUUUUAGUUCGACUAAGAGUUUUGGUGAGGUGGUUUUACGGGAUAGGACUAAGGAUGGUUGUUCUAGAUGUGUAGAGCCUGAGAAUUAUCCUAACGGUAAUGGGGAUUUGAAUUAUGAUUUGUGGUAUAAGAAAAAACGGGGGAGGAAUUUGAAGAGUAAGUAUAAAGGAGUGGCGAAGAAAUGGGAGGAGAAUCAGAGGAGGUGGAGAUGUGAAUGGGAUAGGGAAAGAUUAGAGCUUGAUAGGAGAUUGAAAGAGCAGUUGAACAAAAACCGAUCAAAUGGAUCAGGGGCAGCUAACCACUUGGAUGUGCUAAAAGCCCUUUCUCAAGCAUUGAAGAAAACGGAGGAUGCAUAUUUGGAUCUUGCUGAUAAGAUGGUCAUGGAGAAUCCCGAGCUUUCUUUGAUGGGUUCGUGUGUUCUUGUGAUGUUGAUGAAGGGAGAGGAUGUUUACAUGAUGAACGUGGGCGAUAGUCGAGCAAUUCUGGCUCGGAAGAAAGAACCAGAUCUUUGGAGCCAGGAUUUGGAGAGAAUCAGUGAAGAAACAUUACAUGACCUCGAGACGUUUGACAGUGAUAUGUCAAAUGCACUACCCAGCUUAACUGCUUUUCAGCUCACCAUGGAUCAUAGCACGUCUGAGGACGAGGAGGUUCAAAGAAUUCGAAGUGAGCACUCAGACGAUGCUUCUGCCGUGAUCAAUGACCGCGUAAAAGGUUCAUUAAAGGUCACCCGAGCUUUUGGUGCUGGUUUUCUCAAGCAGCCAAACUGGAACGAUGCACUUCUAGAGAUGUUCAGAAUUAACUACAUUGGAACUUCACCUUAUAUCAACUGUCUACCAUCACUCUACCAUCACAGAUUAGGGCCAAGAGACAGGUUCUUGAUAUUGUCAUCGGAUGGUCUCUAUCAAUACUUCACGAACGAAGAGGCUGUAUCCGAAGUUGAACUCUUUCUCUCUUGGUCUCCAGAAGGAGAUCCCGCACAACACUUGGUCGAGGAAUUGCUAUUUCGUGCAGCAAAAAAAGCUAGCAUGAAUUUUCAAGAAUUGCUUGAAAUACCACAAGGAGAUCGACGUCGCUACCAUGACGACGUUUCGAUAAUAGUUGUUUCUUUGGAGGGAAGAAUAUGGAGAUCAUGUGUAUAA